AUGCCCCGUAACAAUCGUGCUCUCUCCAUGCAAGUAGACAUUCGUAACGAGCAAUGUCAAAGUUACAAUGACGUCGCCAAGUCAAUGUUUUUGAAGUACACGAAAAAAGAGAAGGAUGAAGAAGAGAGGAAUGGAGACUGGAGGAACCGGAGAAUUGAGUUGAAGUCGGGUGCCAAUGUGAUCUCAUGGAUUAUUCAGAACAAUCUGGGAUACCAGGCAUCCAGCCAACCCAUUCAUAUUGAUCGGAUUGAUGUACUAGGAUUAGCAUUCACAAGACAAUGUACCGCCUGUCCACCGGGUACAAGUUCUCACGGAGGAUCUGCAGAAUGUAUUCCAUGCUCUCCUGGUCACUUCUCUUCCAAAGGGUCCUCUCAAUGUGGAAAGUGUCCAGAAUCUCAAUACUCUGGAUUCAAAUCCGAGAAGUGUAUUGACCGACCUCCUUGCCGUGUAUCCGACUACUAUCCAGUCCGUGAACCGUGUACAAACGGUUCAAGUCGGGCGGUCUACAAGAAAGUGUUACCGUCGAUAUGUCGAGAUGACAUGCCUUCUUCUACUAAACUCCCUCCACCAACUCCAUGGAAGACGUGUCCGAAAUGUAAUCCCGGAAUGGAGAAGAACAAAUUGGGAGUCUGUGAAUUCUGCAAGAAAGAUUAUUAUUCGGAUGGGAAUUCUAAUUCUAAUCUCGCUUCGUCUUUUGUAGCUUGCGCCCGAUGUCCAGUCGACACAGUACCAAACUACGGACUACAAUACCAGAAUUGGGAAGUUAUGCCGCCAAAGUUGAGCAGUCGAUGUGAAUAUAUUUCUGAAGACGUCGCAACUACUUGUAACAUUGGCGACGCCUGGCUUCCUUCCGGUGACUCUCUCAUCUCUGCUCCAUCCCUUGAGCUUGGAAUCGCCUUCGAACUGAUUCUUUCGAUAGAAGAGGGAUUCUGGAACCCUCUUGCCCCUAAGCCAUCCAAAACUAUGAAAGUACCAGUAGCCCAAGUGACAAUAGUAUUCGAAACUUCCUGUGCUGAUGAGUCAUGCGCCCUCUACUUCAUAGAAGACAUGUCAGCUGGAAUCAAAGGACAACGAGAAUCAUUCUAUCACUUCCUCGCUGCAUUUAAUGGAACAAACAGUAAACGAGUCUGGAGUCAUACUGUAACUAAAAACACUCCUGCCAGAUUCAUGGUAGCAUUCUUACGGUCUGGAGUAUCAUCUGGAGAGGAUAGAAUCUCAGAUGAAGCUAGAAUCUACUCAAUCAACGUUACCAAUGUCGGACAUCGUGGAGGACAAGGCGGCGGUGCAUCUCAAUGUCUGACAUGCCCACAUACUGCUGGAGGAGAGACGUGUGUGCCGUGUCCGGCUGGAAAUUAUAUGCACGAAGUGACGAAAUUGUGUGUGCCGUGUCCGGCUGGAAAUUAUAUGCACGAAGUGACGAAAUUGUGUGUGUCGUGUCCGGUGAACACGAUUGUGAACGCUUCUUCGAGUAGAGUUGGAGUCGAGAGUUGUGUUCCGUGUGGACAAGGAUUGACGUCGAAGGAUGGAGUGGCGUGUACAGCUAUUGGGAAGAUUCAGUUGGAUUCUGGAGGGAAGGAUAACAAUGAGACAAAGUUCACUUAUGAUUUUUCGCCGUUUGUUGGGAGAUCAUGGAACAUCUCUGGUGUCCGCGUAUUCUCCCGAGAAGGCUCCGCCUACUAUCAUUUUUUCACUGUCGCCCUGUUCCCUCCUAAUAUCAAAUGUCAGGAACAAUACGAUAAUUUCGAUAUGAUAGGAUUACUGGACCAAGAUAAAGAGGCUGUUGAAGGACUUGCUUGUCGAGUGACUGCACUGCCAACUCCUAGUUCGAAUAGAUCAAAAACUGCCUACGUGACUCCGUUGUUAGUGGCGAGUCGAUUGGAUUCAAUCACUACCAGUCGGACUCAUGGGAACACGAGUUUGAGUGAUGAGGUGUUGGAGUAUGACAGCCAUGACAACACGUCCCGCCCACUGGACGUUUUCUUCUGGUUCGACCCGGUUGCAUCGCUUUCCUCCACGUGUCCGAAUGGCAAUCAACUCGUAGUUGUUGCUCGUUGUCUCCCAACCAAAAAACAAAUGGAAAUGCGUCUUCCACACAGUUGUCCCGAUGGAACAUGUGAUGGAUGUCUGUUCUUGGUGAUCAUGGAAACUGCGCAGGCGUGUCCAAUUUGUGAAUCGAAUGACUAUGAGACGAUAAAUGGAGAAUGUGUUAAUGGGAAGCAGACGAUUCAUAGUAUUCCCAAAAAACACUGCGUUAUCACUGGCGCCGCCUCCCAAACGAAAGAAGUGGCUUGCAGUGCAUUCACUGCCUUCCAAAAGACCAUUCUGACUAUUCUCGUCCUCUCAAUGGUCCUCCUUUCGAUUGGAUUCAUUUGCAUUUGUAGAAGAAAUCGACGACUGGAAUACAAAUAUACGAGACUGAUUGAGUCUCAUACUGGAGAAUUGCCAGCUGUCGAGACGUGUGGAUUGGAUGAGGAUGAGGAUGAUGAUGAGCUCCAAGACCGUGUAAUCUUCUCAAAAGGGCGUCGUUCAGCUCCAAAUAACUCGAGAACAACUCUUCGAGAUCAUCGUGAAAAUGACAAUGCUGCAUUUAUUUCUCUCGACAGUGAAGAUUGA